AUGAGCGCCCAUUCGCCCGUCCCGCCGCUCAAGAACUUGACAAAUUCGAGUGGAAGUCCUGGAGGUGUAACUGUACAAGUUGAAACCCUCAUAUACGACGAGGAGGCUGUCUCGUGCGACGGCCAGUACCAUUUUCGGAUCUCAUACGCGUUUACCAAGUGCUUUCUGAUCGCGUUUGAGCCCGAAUUUGCGAUCCGACAGAGCCCUCGUUUCCCCCUGGAUGAUCUUAGAGUCAGGACCUUCGAGAGCGAGCCAUGGAGAGGGGGCGAAAAAAAACUCAGUCAAUGGUACAAAUCAGUGGCUAACGUUGCGGCUGGAAAACGCCCAUCGACUCCCCCUGCUGGCUCCGCUGCGGCAGCUCGUGACCUUGCUCCGGAUACACGUUCUGAGCCAGAGGGGUCACCAUACGGUCCUAGCACCUAA